AUGGCUAAUACUGCAGAACAACAAAUCGCCCAUCUCCGGUCCCUCCUGGACAUACUUACCACCUCAACGAACGAUCUUAUCGCUGAACUAUCCUCCUGCUCUUCCUCCUUUUCUUCCUCUCAGUCCAAGCCUGGCAAUGGAGCCGCGACAAACCGUGGAGAUAUUCGCGUUCCGAUGGACCCCAAGACGGAGGAUGCCCGCAAGCGCGUCAUCGCCGCGGCAGCCUCCCUUGAGGCAGCCGUCUUCACACCUCAGUGGCGCCUUGGCCACCUGGCACACAACUAUUUUGUGUCUCGCGCGCUGCACAUGGUUGUUGAGUGGGAGGUCCCUAAGCUGUUGGCGGCCAACGGGCCUAUGGACCUUGACGCCCUCGCCACUGAGACAGGCGUUGUUGACACGCGCAAGCUGGGGCUCGUGAUGCGGACGUUGUGUGCGCACCAAAUCUUCGCAGAGACGACCCUCAACGUCUUUGCUAACGACGGAGCGUCGACCGCCCUCGCGACAGACGAGCGCCUCGCUAACUCGGUACGCUAUGCCUCCUUUCUCUUCCCCACGGCCGACGUGCUGCCUAGCCUCCUCAAGGACCCAACUCUCUGCGCCAGCUAUGCAUCGCGAGACUCGGCCUUCGCCAGGAGUAUCGGCAAGGGCUUGGGUCAGUUCGAAUACCUUAACGCGCACCCUGAGUGGCGUGACUGCUUCAACUUGUGGCUCGCCUCGCUGGGCGAGUAUCUGCACGGACUGACUGACGUGGGCGGCUACCCCUGGGAAUCUACCCUCCGAAAUGGUGCGGUGGUCGUCGACGUCGGUGGCGGGCUCGGAAGCUCGAUCCAGGCCCUGCGGACCAACUUCCCUGACCGCCGUGGCCGGGAAGAUUUCGUCGGUAUCGUUCAGGACCAGCCCGGCAUGAUCGAGCACGCGACCGCACACUGGCAAAGGACGGACCCGCAGGCAUUGGCCACGGGCGCAGUCAAGCUCACCGUACACGACUUCUUCCAUGAGAACCCUGUAAAGGGCGCCGACGUGUACUGGUUCCGGUCUGUCAUUGUUGACUGGCAGGACGAGGAUCUGACCAAGAUAUUCACGCACAUCAAGGACGCCAUGGCGCCUGGGAAAUCGCGCUUACUGAUCGGCGAGUAUAUUAUGCACCCGACGUGUGGCGACGCCCUUUUGCCAAACGCGCCGUCGCCGUUACUCAAGAACUACGGCGAGUUCCAGGCCAUGGGCCUGAUCUCGGGCUUCAUCCUAACUGUCAGCCCCAAUGGUGUUCAGCGGACUAUCCAGGACUUGAACAAUGUGGUAGAGGCAGCUGGCCUAAAGAUUGUCAAGGUAUGGAUUUGUCGUGGCCUGGGGCAUGUGAUUGAGUGUCGAUUGAAGGAGGACGUGUAG